AUGAUUGGAGUGGAGGGUGAUUACGUGGCUCCGGCAGCGCGUGACACCUACUUCGAGAAUGAGCCCAAUCUCAUCGCCCCCUUUGACUUCGACUACGACUUAAUUGUCGACUUCACCGCAAAGCUGAGAAUGGCGCAGAUGGCCCUCUUGCCGCCCCUGUGGAUUUCUUGCUGUUGCUGCUAUCCAUGCUUCUUGCAGAAGAAUGUGGAAUGGGACACACGAUCUCAGCACGUGGCCUUGACCAUUGAUGGCAUCCGGUAUGUGAAGGAAAGAAGGAAGACCUGUUGUGGACUGCCUUGUACUGACAAGGGCAGGGAAAGCAAGACGGUUCCCUACGACAAGAUUACCGACUGCGACGUGCAGGAGCCAGCUGGAACUGCGUGCUGCUGUUGCAUCGAGAAUGUGCUGUCGAUGGUCCAUAUUGACACUGCCUCCAGCGGGGUGGGUGGUGAGGGUGGCGUGAAGCAUGAGUUGGAGCUUCAUGGUCUUGUAGAUGCACAUGCCUUCAAGCAUUCCGUGUGGGCCAUGAAACGUCGUGUGGCCCCCAGUGGCGCCAAUGUGCCCAUGCAGACUGGACGGCGUGGCCGGAUCGCUGGUCGGAUCCGCUUCACGAAGACCCGGUCGCCCAGACGAUCGGUGGGCGCAAAUAAGGUAAGUACCGAGACGCGACAGGGACGCGCAGCGAUAUCUCAUCAUGGUGGGCUUGUGUCCACGCCGAUGGCAACAGUGGAGGGUGAUUACGUGGCUCCGGCGGCGCGUGACACCUACUUCCAGAAUGAGCCCAAUCUCAUCGCCCCCUUUGACUUCGACUACGAGAGUGCUGUCCACGGUCAACGUGGACACGGCAUCAAGCGGGCCGACGGACGGCGGCGCCCUUCGGUGAGCGAUUUGGAUCAUGUUUGGGCCAUGAAACGCCGCCUGGCGGGCACCACAGGCGCUGUGCAGACCUCAAUGCCUGUGAGCUCGCCAGUUCAGCUGGAGAUGCAGCGCAUGGCGCCUAAGAACGACCUGCACACGGCAUUGCUGACAGACGCCUGGUAG